AUGGCUUGGAAAGAUCGAUUGAAGCGCGUCAAGGAUGAAAUUGAGAGCAUGAUAGGGUCGCCCCAGGAGGGCUCGCAACAGCAGCAGCAGCAGCAACAACAGGCCUAUUCGCAACCCUCGCAAUCACAUCAAUACCCUCCACCUCCGCCGCCGCCGCAAGCUCCCCCCGGCGGCGCAAUCUACUGGCAACCGCGAUUCGAAGCCGAUGUUCCGGUCACCAUCGAGUGGGAUGCGAAGCUUGGAAAUGGCCCUGACGGCUGGGGGAACCAGGAGCUGGAGCACUAUACCGCCGCUCCCGCGAACGCCUUCCACACCCAAGACGGCAGACUGGUGAUCCGCGCCCUCGCACAAAAUGCCGCGCCUACGCCCGAGCAGCGAUACACCUCUGCUCGGCUGGUCAGCAGACAGACCCUGGGUCGGGACAGAGGAGUUCUCACCGGUGUCAUUGUCUCUCCUUGCGCUGAGGGCAUUUGGCCCGCCUUCUGGCUUCUUCCGCAGGAACCCUUCUCCUGGCCCGUCGACGGCGAGAUUGAUAUCGCCGAAACCUGGAACGGAGACCACGAAAACAGGACCUGCCUUCACUGGGGCUUCCACCACGAGUCGCAGAAGCACCGGGUCAUCGGUACCAAGAUCCCAGACAUGCAUGCUCGUCCGGUGAGGUAUGACUUUGCUUGGGAUCAGCCAGGUGGCCAAGCCGGCCAGGGAAGAAUGAUCUGGUACAUCGACGGCAGACCCGUCAUGAAGGCACCCAUCCCAGAGGGCACGCGGCCGAUGAGAGACAUGACGAUUCUGCUCAAUGUGGCGAUGGGAGGCAGUGUCUGUGGGGGCAAGACCCCGGCGGAUGGGUACUACGAUAUGGUCGUUUCAACCCUCUUCAUGGGCAGCGAGCCGGAGUAUGGUGGUUGGGGACGCUUUGAGAACGAUUGGGCAAGCCAUGCUACGCCUUCUGGGAACACGUAUUGA